AUGCCAUCACCACCUCCUAAACCAUCUUCUCCUAUCCCUUUCCAACGCAACCGCGCACACACCAUGGACGAGUCCUGGCCUCCUUCUCAUAACCCUCCUCAGGGGUCUUUCCGUCUUCGGGCCAUCGAAAACAUCUCUUCCCUUGACCCCAAACCCGCUACUGAAGAACGUACUGACCCUUACUUCACGGCCAAUGCGGCCAAUGGACCUCUUCACAUCGUCGAUACCAUGCUUCUCCAAGUUGUUCGCGACCAGAACGGCAACACUCUUGGCAUGAGAGUGAUUGAUCCCAACAACACAAUGGGUAAAGAAGCCAACAUUUGCGCUCCUCUCCCCCUUGGAGAGUCUACCACUGGCAUGGCCUUCAAUGUUGGGUCCGCCCAAGCAAUGCACGAGGCGUUCAUGAAAGCCAAGCAGGUGACAGACUCCGAGCGCAUCGUCGGAGUCAUGUUUGCUCCUGUCAAACAGAAAGGUCAAGUUCGAGAUGUUGACUGGUCUAUCUUGGAGCAGGGUAAGAAGCCCGAGAAGGAGACCGGUCCCAAGGCCGUGAAAGGUCACCGCUCUCGCCACACCACUAACGAGUUUGGUGAAUCCUCCAAGCAGAAGCCCAAGCCCAAGGCAGAGCUCGAGAACUGGUCAGAGGAUUCGGACGCGGCCGCUGGCCUCCAACUCCAUCCCAUGAUCAGGGAUAUGUACAACAAGGGAGAUAAGUGA